UGCGGGGACAGCUCACGGCUGCUUAAGCAGCUAGUCGCAGGGUCUUAUGACGGAAUGGAAGGCUUCACCAAAGCUAAACCUUUGGGCACUGGGCCUCUCUAUUUCUUUGAUCAGAUGAAACCAGAAAGAAAAAAACAGGGAAGGAGAGAAUGCACAGAACAUUUCCCUUAUUUGGAACACACCUCAGGAGCUAGGCAGAGUCCUACAAAGAGCAUAAAAUCUGCAGAAGUAGAGAAGGAAGGAAGGCUACCUACAGAAGCUGCACCAGAGAAAUACGCAUCCUGCUCAUUUGCCAUCUCACAAACUCCUGUUGUUCCCAAGUUUCCUACUGGCCUUAAAUUCUCCAAAAUAUACCUGCAAAAGAGCCUGUUUGAAGAAUACAAACUCACUGCUGCUGAAAUACUGCACGAACUUGGGGAGACAUUGCAGAAAUAUGCUGAGUAUAACAUUACUUUCCCUAUGGGAACUGUAAAUCUUGUGAAUUACAGUUGGCAUGAUCUCAUUGAAGGAGCUUAUAAGUGUCCAACCAAAAAGUCAAUGUUGAAGAAACACAAAGCCUUGCAAAGUGAUCACAAUUACAUGACCGCAAUUGACAAAAUCAGCAGCUGUUCAACUAAAGAGUGUUAUAAAGAUAAUCAUCCAGUGAAGAUCAAAAAAGACCACCACCAUACUGCAUCAGGUAAAUCUACAGAAAAAACAUCUCUUGUCAGCCACACCCAGUACUCUCAGAGCUCCCAGAACCCAAGUUUACCUGAUGCCAUCCACUUCUCACUGUCAUCCAAGACUGGUUUAGAAAAUGAGAAUCCUUCAAGGGAUCAAAAUGUAGGACUGAAACUCUCACUGCAGUGGGAUAUCCUCACAGAUAUUGAGGAAAUAGACCAGAUUCAUAUGCUAAGAACAAGCCAGUCAGUAUGGCAAAACAGCAAAUCGCAUGAAAUAAAUCAUAAGGCAACAAGAGGAUUCAGCCUGGAAAUGUCCAGGAAUCCAAAUACUUGGGUAAAGUCCAGUGACAAGAAGCCCCCUGCAAGCAAUUGGAUGACAAGCAGGUAG